AUGAAGGAAGACUCUCCUGUCCCUCCCGAUAUAGAUGGCCAACCGUCCAUCUCUGCAACGACCCAACCCGGACUUCUCGGCCUCCCGUCGUCCAACCGACAUCCCGGCCGCCUCCAACCCGCGCCAGGCUCACUAAGCACCGACGCGUCGGCUCCCUUCAACGCCAACACCGCCGCCGCCAGCCAAUCCUUCUUUGCCGCCGCCCAGACGAACAAGGAGGACAACGGCCUCGAACGCGCCUCUACCAGCCCAAUCUCUGGUUCUCACGCCACCCGCCACGAUGAACGCGGCGUCUCUCGCUUCCCCGGCGGCCUUGAUGGCCGUUCUGGCAGCGCCCUGUCCAGCAACAACCUCUCCUCUGUCGCAUCACCGCAGGACGAGGGGCCGGGGUCUGUCCUAGAGACCAAGGAGCAAACCCUCGAUACCUUCAACCGUCAAGACACUGACGACAUCAACAUGGGCAGCCAUGUCAGCGACAACAUCAAUCCUCCUCGCAAACGCACCUUCACGCAGGAGGCUCGUAGAACCUUUUGGCUCGUCGCCACCCACAGCUGGAUGAAUCUCCUGCUCGUUUUUGUCCCUGUCGGCAUCAUCAUUGCCAACAUUAAAGGCAUCAAUGGCGGCAUCGUCUUUGCCAUGAACUGCAUUGCCGUCAUCCCCCUCGCCGGCCUCCUGAGCCACGCCACCGAGUCUGUUGCCAGUAACAUGGGAGACGCUCUGGGCGCUCUGCUCAACAUUACCUUCGGUAAUGCUGUCGAGCUCAUCAUCUUCAUCAUUGCCCUUUCCAAGAACGAGAUCCGUAUUGUCCAGGCCUCACUCCUCGGUUCCAUCCUGGCCAAUCUGCUCCUCAUUCUCGGCAUGGGCUUCUUCCUCGGUGGCCUGCGCUUCCGAGAGCAAGUUUACAACAGCACCGUCACGCAGAUGAGUGCUUGUCUUCUCAGCUUGAGCGUCAUCAGUCUGGUACUCCCAACUGCCUUCCACGCCUCCUUCAAGGACGACAACCUGGCCAAUGAGCGAUCCCUCAAGAUUAGCCGUGGCACUAGUGUAAUCCUGCUCAUUGUGUACCUACUGUACCUGCUCUUCCAGCUCAAGUCCCAUGCCUACAUGUACGAGUCGACGCCCCAGCACAUUGUGGACGCCGAGGCUAUCCCCGGUCCUGCUGCUGGCUGGCUCAACUCGUCCAGUUCGGACGAGAGUUCCUCGUCGAGCUCCGAUUCGGACGACUCGAGCCGCUCCAGAGACACUAUGCGCAUGAAGAUGCGCAAGGUUCUCCGGUCCAGACGCCGUACCAAGUCGUCUACUACCUCUCAGGAUGGCUUCGACAAGGACGGCCGCACUUCGUCUUUCGGGACUAAUAACACCAGUCCCCAAGACGAGUCGGAAACCUCCUUGGCCAAGCCUCCCUUCUUCCCCAGAAUGCCUUCGGUUGAGAAUGUGGAGGAAGCCAUCGAGGAAGACGAGGUCCCAACCAAGCGUGGUAAACAUCGCCGUCGUCACAAGCAUCGUUCCAGCAAGAGGCGCCACAAGUUUUCUCGCCGCCAUGACGACCUCCCUGGCGACGGCCAACCCGCGGACAACGGCACCGGCUCGUCUCAAAAUGACAACAACGAGCCGAAGCGCGUCGACUUUGCAUUGCCCAAGGACGUUCCGCCGGCGGCGGGCGAGGACCAAGUCCCGCCUCUCCCCUCUGGCGACGCCUCCACUGCUGCGCAGGAGCAGGCAUCAACCAAGCGCCCUGCCUUUCAAGCCCUGCGCACCAUCUCUGUCCGCAACUUCGCUCCCACUGUCUUUGCACAGAAGCCCGAUCCUGCCGAAUUGUUCCCUGCCGCCGCUCCCGGUCCAGUACCUCGCGUUCGUUAUGGCAUCCGCCGCACCAACUCACUGCCCGACAGGCUUCCUCAGCCUCAGCUCCGAGCCCCUGGAGGCUUCUUUCCCGCUCAGGUCCCGCUCAACACUUUCCGCACUGGCACUGUUCCCUCAGCCACCGAUCCCGAGAUCGACGACGACGGCCAUCUGACCAAGUGGGCGGCCGUUAUCCUGCUCCUGAUCACCACUGGUUUGGUCGCCGCCUGUGCUGAAUUCCUGGUUAGCUCCAUCAAGGAUGUGACGGGCGAGUCGUCCAGCGUUAGCGAAAUUUUCAUCGGUCUCAUCAUUCUGCCCAUUGUUGGCAACGCCGCCGAGCACGUCACUGCCAUUACGGUCGCGAUGAAGAACAAGAUGGAUUUGGCCAUUGGCGUCGCCGUCGGCAGCUCUAUCCAGAUAGCCCUGUUCGUCACGCCUCUGAUUGUCAUUCUGGGCUGGAUCAUGGAUCGCGAAAUGACGCUGUACUUUACGCUCUUUGAAACAGUCUGUCUAUUUGUGUCGACGUUCAUUGUCAACUUCCUGGUGUUGGACGGUCGCAGCAAUUACCUCGAAGGCGCGCUACUUUGCGCCGUGUAUGUGAUUAUCGCCGUCGUGGCGUUCUUCUACCCAAGCCCUUCCGAAGCCAGCAGUUGGGGCAGCUAA